AUGACUCACAACCUGAGAAGAAGAGCAGUGUUCAAUACAGAAGCCCCACCGUGCUGUCUUCGAAUCAACCCUUUAGAUUCCACAAUUGUGUAUUUUGGCACUUACACGCUUAUUCAAGGAAAUGAUCGGAAAGGAACCAUUGAAAUAUGGAAAUUACGCAGCAAGGAAGGGACCACAGAUGUUCCUGACGAGCAAAACAUAAAUUUGGAUGAUUUAGAGCUGCAAGGGAUAAAGUUAGGAAGUAUUCCCACUCAUGGUGCAGUUUUAGACAUCAAAAUAGAUUCAAAGUCUAUUACUUCUAAUGGUGAUUCAAUAUUACUCUCUACUGCACAAUCCACCGGUAACAUUACACUUUGGAAGAUUAAAAAGGAUGACCCAUUAGAUAUAAAGGAAGUUUCAGAUGUUCAACUGUUUCCUGAAUCUACUUCGAAUUUAGGUGAGACAUUAAUUACGUCUAUAAAUUUUCAUCCUAGAAAAACGUAUCUAUCAUUCACCACUACCACAGGCAUUGUUGGUUACUACGAUUAUUCAGAAGGAUCCAACUCUAAUGAACCAGUUUGUUUUGGAAAAGAGCAUUCUUUAGAAGCAUGGUAUGCUGAUUGGUGUCAUUUGGAAGCCCUAGACAACAUUGUCUUUUCCGGAGGCGAUGACGCACGGCUAAUCGCACAUGAUACUAGAGUGCCGUUUCCUGUUUUUGAGACAUCUAGAAUUCAUGAUGCCGGCAUAGUUUCAAUUCUCACGGCCAGAAGUAACUGGUGUGAAAAUGUUACUGAUCCUUAUAUUAUAUGGACAGGUGGCUAUGAUGAUCAGUUGUGUGUUCUUGAUCUGCGUGCCGGAGCAAACAUGAAUAAUGGAGCUUUAUUUGAGGGCAUACCCCCUAUGCUUCGAGAAAAACACAACUUGGGUGGAGGUGUAUGGAGAUUGAUUCCAUCUCCAAAAGAAAAUGAUUGCAGAGUAUUCACCUGUAAUAUGUAUGAUGGUGGUCGAAUGUUAGCGUAUGAUUCGUCUAACGCAAAAAAUGUUGAGGUCAAGAAUUACUACAAAGGGGACCAUUCGAGUAUCACCUAUGGCGGGGAUUGGAUUGGAGACGUAGCCAUAAGUUGUAGUUUUUAUGAUAAUGUGGUGCAAGUUUGGGAGGUCUAA